AUGAAAAGGAGGGUCCGAUUCCACUCAAUUCGGACUCAGCGGUGUAACAAGUACUUAAAACCUGGUGCUUUGGCUCGUUUAAGGGAUUCCAGGAUUCAAUCCCAUGUCCGCGUCAAAUCAGUGAUUCCUUUAGUAAUUCAAUCUAUAAGUACCCAACAGGAGAAUUCGCCGAAUACGCAGAUCGAGAUACUAAUGCCUGAGUUUCCGGGUUCGGAUCGUGGGCCGAUGUGUUUUGGUAGGAAGAAACUUGUUGCUGCUAAAAAUUAUUUCAUUAAUAGUCUUGAUAAUUCCCCUGGUUCAGAUGAUAAUGAUUCUUUCAUUAUCUUGGUUAUUUCCUGUUAUGUGCUUGAUCUAACGCUAACUGAUUCUAAAGUUUAUCUGCCCGUGGAUUCCGAUAUUGCAUAA